CUUGGAGUUGCUCCAACUACUGCGAAGUUGACAGUGUUCCAACCAUUCUUCAUUUCCCUGACUCUGCCAUAUAGCGUAGUAAGAGGGGAGGAGUUUGGACUUAUUAUAACCGUAUUCAACUAUAUGGAUAACGAGACGGAGGUUACUAUCACAUUGAAAAGCUCUUCAGAGUUCAAGGUUAAACAUGGUAAUGACAUUGACGAAUUGGAGCCAGAAAACAAGGAUGUAGUUAUCAUUGUUAUUAUACCAGCUAACAGUGGAAAAUCUGUGACUAUAUGGAUAUGCACUACGGAACUUGGUAAUAUAAAACUAGAAGUAAUGGCCCAAUCAAACGUUGCUGCCGAUGCUGUUGAAAGGACACUUUUAGUUGAGCCUGAGGGUAUUACAAAAUAUAUCAACAACAUGGUUUACAUUGAUCUAGCCAACGGCAAUUUUUCAGAGGAAUUUGACAUCUCUGUUCCACCAACUGCAAUCAAUGGGUCAAAACGAGUAGAGAUUUGCAUUGUCGGAGAUAUAAUGGGACCUGCUCUGGAUCCUGAAAAGUUGGGUAAAAUGCUUCGUGUUCCCACAGGCUGUGGCGAACAGAAUAUGUUAGGAUUUGUCCCUAAUGUUUUUGUUCUGAAGUACCUUGAAGCUGUUGGUCGUGACACGAGUGUUAUCAGAACAAAAGCUAUACAGAAUAUGGAAAUUGGUUAUCAAAGAGAGUUGAAUUACCAAAAGAAGAAAAGUGAUAUUGGCUCAUUCUCAGCAUUUGGGGAUCAUGACCCAAAAGGCAGUAUGUGGUUGACAGCAUUUGUCAUCAGAUCAUUUGCUCAAGCGCGUCGAUACAUCAGUGACGUCAUAGAUGAUGAGAAAAUAACAGCUGCAAUGGCGUGGAUAAUAAGUGAACAGACUACCAGUGGGGAGCUUAAGGGUUUAUUCCCAGAGCAUGGAAAAGUGUGUCAUAAAGCUAUGCAGGGAGGAUCCGCUUCAAGUGUAACUAUGACGUCAUAUGUCCUAUUGGCACUCCUAGAGAACCGGGAUAUUGAAGGGGCUCCGGCGAAAACUAAUACUGCUAUCGACACAGCAGUUGGAUUUGUAGAAGGCCAAAUUGAUGAAACAGAAGAUCCAUAUGCGUUGGCUAUCAUGGCGUAUGCCUUACGUGUGGCUAAGUCAUCUAGGGCACAGGAAUGUGAAGACAAACUAUGGUCAAAGCGGACAGCAGGAGGAGGUAUGGUAUACUGGAAACCAGAGGGAUAUGAAGAACCUCCGCCAUGUGAUCGUAGCCGAGGAGGUUGGUGCCCUUAUCAUCGCCAAGCUGGAGCUUCUUUGAUCGAGACUGCUUCGUAUGCCCUACUUACAUUUGUGGCCAACAAUGACCUGAAUAGAGCAUUAGGCGUGUUGAGGUGGCUGACAAAACAAAGGAAUUCCCUGGGAGGAUUUUCAUCCACUCAGGACACUGUUAUGGGUUUGUGGGCACUAUCAGAGUUUGGAAUCAUGGUAUCAUCCGGAAACCUUAGUAUCGAUGUGUCUGUCACAGCAGGGACAUUCACUCAUAAUUUCAAUACGAUCACGAACGACAAUGCUGUCAUUCUGCAAUGUGUUGUGAUUCCCCCAGGCAACGAUGUGGUUACAGUAAAUGUGUCAGGAGAAGGCGCUUGUCUUGUUCAGGUUUCUCUGCAAUACAAUGAGCAGGAGGAGAUUGUCAGUGAAACGGA